AUUUUUGAGAUAUUUAAAUAUACUGCACAGUUCAAUUUUCCUCUUGAAUCCAUUCUAAGCUUUAAAUGACGAUACAGUGGUAAUUUACGACAGCUACACAGUGCCCAGAUGAAAGUUACCAGACAUGGUCCCGUGGAAGUUCGUGCAGCUCGUGCUAGUUUUACUUCCUCCACGCCAUGGAUUCGCCCAAAGUGAUGACGUCACAUGUUACACUUACAAUUAUGAUAAAUAUUUACAAUGCUCCUGGAAUUCUACAACGCCUGCAAACAGCGCUGACGUCACAGUGAAAUGGAGUUUGAUCAUGGGCGGUGCGAUGAUUGGACGGUUUGACUGCCCAAUCCCGUCACAGAAUUCCUGCACGUGGGACAUGGAGCAUGGCGAUGUAGACCCUUAUUGUGUCAUCGGUGUGUGCGUCAGUCUGUUCAACACCUGUCAAGAAAUUCACUGUAAGGAAAAAGUCAAACCUGCUCCAGUGAGCAACAUCACUACCACCAACGUUACGUCAACCUGUGUUAUCUUCGAGUGGAGUCAAAAUAGGGACCAUCCCAAGAUUCACUACCCACAACAAUACCACGUUAUGUUUUUACCUCUCUCUGAUGACGAUCAAGAAUUUUCCGAGGACACAUUUUCCCGGAUAGUCAACGAUUCAAAGUUGGAUGUUUGCGGGUUAGUACCUUAUACAAAAUAUUUAAUAAAGAUUACGACCAUUCCACUGGACGGAGGAAUCUGGAGUGAAGCCCAAACUGUCACUCUGAAAACAAAAAAAGCAGCGCCAGGUCUUGCACCAAGAACUAUUGGCAAUCUUUUCUCUCGAAUUCCACACGGAAAUGGCGAAUUCAGUGACGUCAUGUUAUUUUGGCAGGAAUUAAGUAAACAAAGGAUUUAUGGAUCUCAUUUGCAAUACCUAGUAUCAAUUUGCCCCCUUGGGAAGACUCAGGAACGCAGAAACUGCACCGAGGAGACAGAAUCUAAUUCCGUUUGGUUUCAGGUCCCUGCGCAACAGGAAGUGACAGCAAGAAUUUGGUCACGGAAUGAAAUUGGAAUAUCACAAAAUUUUGCAGUUAUUAAAAUUCCAUCAGAAGAUGAAUUGAUACCAUUCCCUGAUGUUAUGGUCGUCGUUAGUGACACAUAUACAGAGAUGCACUGGGAUGUAGAUCCUCGUCAAGGGUUUAACGUCACAGUUUUCUGGUCCCACAGAGACUAUAAGAAUUUACAGUGGCUGGAAGGUGUUCAGAAUUCAACACUGAAGAUCUCCCAUGACCAUGGUAUCUUUUACCAAUACGGUGUAUCUGUUCAACGAAACAAUGAGACUAGUGGAAUAAAAUGGGCCGAAUGUAUCUUCCGAAAGCACGAACUUCCAACUUCUCCUGCAGUAACCCUGUCCCACACAAAAGAAAACCAGCUUAUGAUGACGUGGAACGUUCCUCUAUGUAACAUGCGCUUACUGUCGGUAGCCGUGAACCAGUAUCGGCUGAGUGUAUGUAGCACGUCUGACUGCGCAUCAAAGCGAAUUCUGAAAAUUGCACCGGAUGUGACUUCAUACAUUUACCUCAUGAAUAACGAGGAACCAGUUUGUGUUCAAAUUGAAGUAGUUACCGUUUGGGGGAAAUCACAAAUGAGCGAUAUUAAUUGUUUCAGAAGGGAGAGGACAUCCCAUUUACACCUUCCUGCAGUCAGUAUUGUUGGUGUCUGUGUCUUCAUAUUCAUAGUCAUUGUACUAGUAAAAGUUAUAAAAUGGUGGACUUCCAGUGUGGAAAUCCAAGUACCUGUAAUAGUCAGUGAUCAGGAACUUUUGAACGGUACACCCUCUAGUUCUUCAGACUGUGGAGAUAAAACGCCUCUACGGAAGGAGGGUACGAACAAUUCAGUUGAGGAGAGUGUAAACCUGGUCACGGGAAAGGAAGAUCAUUUAAUUCAGGAGGGUGUAAACUUGGUCACGGGAAAGGAAUAUCAUUUUAUUCAGGAGGGUGUAAACCUGGUCACGGGAAAGGAAGAUCAUUUAAUUCAGGAAAGUGUAAACCUGGUCACGGCAAAGGAAGAUUAUUUAAUUCAGGAAAGUGUAAACCUGGUCACGGGAAAGGUAGAUGAAGCAGAGGAGGACCUGAAUAUUUACGGCUGUGCAGAAUACUGUGAUGAAUAUACAAUUUUGAAAGGAAUAGAGACGUACAACAUAAACGAACAAUGUACCUGAGAGAAAGAGAGAGAGAGAGAGAAAGUCAGUCAGGUACAUUAUCUGGCUAAGUUUUGGUUGAGAGUUUAAUGCUUUGAAGUUCAAAUUCUUAAUUUGUAGGCAGCUAAUGACCAGUAUUUGAUAUUCCAUGUACCAUCAUGCGAUGCAGAUCGAUUUUCCGAUCAAAAUCUAUACUUCGUCGCUGUAGUCAUCGUAAACUUUUCGCAUAAUCAAUUUCUUAGAAAAAUGCUUCAUCAAUGUCAACCAAAUUUGGUAUAAAGCAUCUUUGGGUAAAGAGAAUUCAAAUUAACGUAAAUGAAAGGCACUAUCGUCUUUAAAAGGGGAUAAUCAAUGGUUUUGAAAAACUCUUCUCAAGAACCAUUGGGUCAAGUUUCCUCGAAUGAAUGACCAUAGCCUUAUAAAGUGUGAGAUAAUCGUAGAAUUUCAUAUCUAAAAUCUUGUAGAAAUGCAAACCAAGUUUGGCACAAAUCAUACGUGUGUGAAGCAUAUUUGAAUUUGUUCAAAUGGAGGGCCCUUUUCUCUUCAAAGGAAAGAUCAUGAAAAUUUGGAUGUUACAUUUUGAAAAUUUUCUCAAUAAUCACCUGUCCAAUUUCAACCAUUCUUGGCAUAAAAUAUCCAUGAGUAAAAGGUAUUCAAAUUGUUCAAAAGAAGAGCCACACACUCUUCGAAGAGAUAUUAUAUAGGAUUAAGAAAAAUAGGGUUAGGCAUUCAAAACGUCUGUUUCUCCCGACUAGCCCAGCGAUGGUGUCCUUGUGACAAGGCAGGUGUGACGCUUUAUAGCCAGCAUUCCCAGGGAACCAUUUCUAGUCUGUCUUGUCCAAUCACCCUUAAACCCUGUAGUACAGAAAGGGGUACCUCUAGUCCAUCUCUUUUAAAAAUUAUCCCAUUAUUUGUUCGUGUUAAAAAAGAACGUUGUGGCUCAUACAUUUCUUGGUUUUUGUUUCUGAAUAUUUGCUAUGCCCAUGAAGAAUCUCACAAAAAGGUUUUUUUAAUAUUCUGUGUGUCUAGUUUUGUUGUAAUUUUACUUUUACAAGGUAUUAUAACUCAAAAGAAUAAAAUGCAAAAUAUCAUAAAAA